AUGAAUACUUCUGGCGGGGGCGAUCCUGACUUUUCUAGCGAUGAGGAAUUCCAAGAUCGACAUUACAGCAAACACACUGAAGAAACGGAACAUGGUAGCCACGAGGAGGGUAGGACAAGCAGCAGUCCCACGGAGCAAGACACUUCUGGUUCUAGAUCGAAAGUUCCUGAGGCGGUGAGGCUUCGCAUCAACAGCAGAGAGCGUCAGAGGAUGCACGACCUGAACUCUGCCCUGGAUAGUCUCAGACAGGUCAUGCCCUACUCCUCUGGCCCAGCGGUCAAGAAGCUCUCCAAAAUGUCCACACUUCUGCUGGCCAGAAACUACAUUGUGAUGUUGCUCCGCUCGCAUGAGGAGAUGAAGCGGCUAGUGCAGGUAUGUUGUAUUUUUAUUUUUAGUAGUGAUCAGUUUUUCAUCUAA